AUGACAGGAUUUUCAAUUCCUAAUAUGAGUAUGUUACUCAAAUUAGCAAAUAGUAGAUUGGUAUUACAUAAAAAUAAAAAUUUUGAACAAAGUAAUGUUCAUAAAAAAGAGAUUGCAGAAUUAUUACAAUUAGGUAAAGAAGAACAAGCAAGAGUUAGAACGGUUUCAGUUAUUAAUGAAGAUUAUCACACUGAAGUUUUAGGUAUUUUAAUUAUUUAUUGUGAAACUUUAGCAAAUAGAAUUAGAGGAAUUGAAGGUGUAAAGGUAUGCCCACCAGAUUUAAAAGAAGCAUGUUGUAGUAUUAUAUUUGCAUCACCAUAUUUAGAUAAACAAGUUGAAUUAUAUAAGAUUAGAAAGAGAUUAAUUGAAAAAUUUGGUAAAAAAUUCCCAGAGGAAUGUAUAGAUUGUUGUUGUAUCAAUCCAAAGAUUGUACAUAGAUUAUCAAAUAAACCACCUGAAGAAUCAUUGGUAAACUAUUAUCUUAGUAAUAUUGCAAAGAAACAUAAUGUAGCCUGGGAUACUCCAGCAUUACCACCUUUAGUUGAUUUACAACAAAGUAUUCCUGAUUUCACUUUAACUUCUUUAGCUGAACAAUUUCCAUCUGCACCAUCAAAUGGUAGUGGUGGCGGUGGUAAUGAUGAUUUAUUAAUGGAUUUCCCAUCAGUACCAAAAGAAUCGACUGCAACUAUUGAUCAAUUUCCAUCACCACCAACAUCAAAUAUAAGUACUACUUCAACCACCACCACCACAACUAAAUUAGAAUUUCCAAAUAUUAAUAAUAUCCCAAGUAUUGGUAUUGCUGAAGCAUCACAAUGUAAAGUUAGUGGUGAUGGUUUAAAGAAAGGUAUUGUUGGUAGAGAAUGUAGUUUUAUAAUACAGGCAUAUGAUGCCAAAGGUAAUAAACAUACAAAAGGUGGUGAAACAUUUAAUGUUUUAAUUCAAGGUCAAUAUGGUGAUCAAUUAUAUGGAAAAGUUGUCGAUCAACAAAAUGGUACUUACAAUGUAACUUAUACACCACCAAAAGCUGGUGGUUAUGCAAUUGCUAUCUAUUUACAAAAUACACCAAUUGGUGAUCAACAACCACAUAUAUCAAACAUUGAUGAAGCACCAACUAUUUCCGUUGGUGCUUUAGAUUUAGUCGAUCCAUUGAAAUGUGAAGCAUAUGGACCUGGUUUAGAAACUGGUUCUCCUGGUGUUUUAUCAACAUUUACAAUUGUUGCUCGUACUAGUAAAGGUAAUCCAAUCGAGGCUGGAAAAUUGCCACCAGGUCAAAGAUUUUAUGUAUUUGUACAGGGUCCACCUGGAAUUCAAAUUCAUGGUGAUAUAAAGAAUAACAAUGAUGGUACUUUCACUGCUACCUAUACUCCAACGGUUGCUGGUGGUUAUGGUGUUAUGGUUUAUUAUGAAAAUCAACCAAUUCGUUCUGAAGCUUGGACAUUCUUUAUUUUAGAGAAAGAGAAAGCUCCACCAAAAUUCCCUUCAAUCAUUAAUGUACCAUUACAACAACAAGUUGCUUCAACCGAGUCUGAAGAGGAUGAAAUGGAUAAACUUUGGAAACAAACCUCUGAUCUAUCAUUUAAUCCACCAGUUAAAUCGACCGCUGUCAUUGAAAACUAUGCAGAUGCCAAAGCAGCAAAUAUUCCAGAACCACCAUCAUUUGCAAAAUAUCAAGAAUCAAUUAAAGCCAAAAGUUCACGUGCUGAAUUCUUUCAAAAAAUCACUGAAAAAACAUUGGUUAUCGAUAAUGGUAGUGGUAUGGUUAAAGCAGGAUUUGCUGGUGAAGAUGCUCCAAGAUGUGUUUUCCCAUCGAUCAUUGGUUAUCCAAUGUUCAAUUCAGUUAUGCAUGGUAUGGGUAAAGAUAAAUACAUUGGUGAUGAAGCUCAAGCUAAACGUGGUAUUCUCAAUAUUAAAUACCCAAUUGAACAUGGUAUCAUCACCAAUUGGAAUGAUAUGGAAGCACUUUGGGAAUAUACAUUCACAAAUGAACUUCGUGUCGAUGCUUCAAAACAUCCAGUUUUAUUAACUGAACCACCACUUAAUCCAAAAGCGAACAGAGAAAGAAUGGUCGAAACAAUGUUUGAAUAUUUCAAUACUCCUGCAGUUUAUAUAGCAAUUCAAGCCGUUCUCUCUUUGUAUGCAUCUGGUCGUACCACUGGUACCGUAUUGGAUUGUGGUGAUGGUGUUUGUCAUACCGUGCCAAUCUAUGAAGGUUAUUCUAUUCCACAUGCAAUUAAAAGAAUCGAUAUCGGUGGUCGUGAUAUCACAGAGUAUUUAAUGCGUUUACUCACUGAAAGAGGUUAUGCUUUCACUACAACCGCCGAAAGAGAAAUCGUACGUGAUAUCAAAGAGAAAACUUCAUUUGUCUCUCAAGAUUUCUAUGCCUCUAUGAAUGCUCCAGAGGAUAAUAAUAUACUCAAGGAUUAUACGAUGCCCGAUAAACAAGUUUUAACCAUUGGUAAAGAAAGAUUCCGUUGUUAUGAAGCUUUCUUUGACCCUUCAGUACUAGGUAAAGAUCAAAAUGGUAUUCAUCACCUCUUAAAUGAAACUAUCACCUCUUGUGAUAUUGAUAUUCGUCGUGAUCUCUAUAAAAAUAUUGUAGUUUCUGGUGGUUCAACAAUGGCAACAGGUUUUGAAAAACGUUUACAAAAAGAAAUGGAACUUUUAGUUUCAAAUCCUCAAGUCCAAAUUAAAAUUAAUGCACCACCAAAUCGUGAUAUUAGUGUUUGGUGUGGUGGUUCGGUUUUAGGUGAUCUUAAAACUUUUUCGGAUCAAUGGAUUACAAAACAAGAAUAUGAUGAAGUUGGUAGAGGAAUUGUUCAUAGAAAAUGUUUUUAA